GGCCAUUCUCAUUCUAUUGUUCGGGUUAUUCAUUGUUGGAAGACGUCUCUUUGACUCUUUCAUUAUUUUCUCAUUCUUCCUUUCCCUUGAUUUCCUUUCCCUCUUUGUGCUGCUAGACAGUCCCAUUUAGCUUGUUAAUCACCAUCCUUUCAUUGUUAUACUGAACAGUGUAUCGCGAACUUGCGAACUAACACGACCGAUCCUUAUUCAACAACAAGAGAGGAGCGUUGAUCGCACAACUCCUCUAAUAGCACUCUUUUACUGCUUUGUUUCCAACUCAAAGCUUACCUUCAUUACUUUUCGACAUUCGAUUUAUACGAUCGAGUUGCCAACUGAGUGAAACGGCUGGAACCACUUCACUACUCUCACUUCAACAACAUAUUUUUUACAAUUAAACCACAAAACGAACGAUAAAUCUAUCAAAAUGGCUCUCCUAAGAACUUUCCUCGCUUCCCUGCUCGUUGCAGCUCCCUUUGCUGCCGCAGCUCCUAUCGAUGUUGCCGAGACCCUGGGUGAUAUGGCCGACAGUAUCGGAGGUGGCCUUGGAGGUGAAGCCGAUAAGAAGAUGGGAAUUAGCGCUUUCCUUCGACCUAUGCUCAAGAACCCCGAUGCUCUCAACGUUAUCCCUAACCGAUAUAUCGUUGUGUACAAUGAUACCUUUGACGACGAUACAAUCAGUGCCAAGGAGGCUUCCUUUGCGGCCGCUAUCAAGAAGCGAAACCUCAACAAGCGAAGCUCAAUCGGCAAGGCCAUGUCUACUUCAAUUCAGUCAUUCCGCAUGAACAAGUGGCGUGCCAUGUCUCUCGAUGCCGAUGAUCUUAUGGUUCAGGAUCUUUGGAACUCUGAUGAGGUUGCAUAUAUCGAGGCCGAUACCAAAGUUCAACUUAAUGCUGCUAUUGCUCAAGUUAAUGCACCCCCUGGACUUGACCGUCUCUCUCACGCCAAGGUCAACCAGGACACCUAUGUUUUCGACGACUCCGCUGGUGAGGGCAUCACUGCCUACGUUGUCGACACUGGUAUCAAGAUUGAUCACAGCGAGUUCGAGGGCCGUGCCACUUUCGGAGCCAACUUCAUUAACAAUGUUGAUGACGAUGAGAACGGUCACGGAAGUCACGUCGCUGGUACUAUCGGUGGUGCUACCUUCGGUGUUGCUAAGAAGGUUGACCUUGUUGCCGUCAAGGUUCUCGACGCCUCAGGCGGUGGCAGCAACUCUGGUGUCCUCCAGGGCAUGCAGUUCGUUAUUGACGACGCCAAGAAGAAGAACCGUGUUGGCAAGGCUGUUAUGAACAUGUCUCUUGGCGGUGACUUCUCUCAAGCCAUCAACCGUGCCAUCGAGGCCCUCUUCAAGGCUGGCAUUGUCCCCGUUGUCGCCGCUGGUAACGAGAACCGCGAGACUGCCCUCACUUCUCCUGGCUCUGCCCCCAACGCCAUCACUGUUGGUGCUAUUGAUGCCACCACAGAUGAGCGUGCUGAUUUCUCCAACUUUGGCCCCGAGGUCGACGUCUACGCUCCCGGUGUUAACGUCCUCAGUGUCGGUAUCAAGUCAAACACUGACACCGCUACCCUCAGCGGUACCAGCAUGGCCUCUCCUCACGUUGCCGGUCUCGCCGCCUACCUCAUGGGCUUCCAGCAGCUCGACGGUCCUGCCCAGGUCGCCAGCCUCAUCAAGAGUCUCGCUGGACAGACCGGUGCCAAGGUCCAAAACAACGUCCAGGGCACUACCGACAGCAUCGCCAACAACGGCAACCAAUAGAAGCAGCAACGCAGCAGCAGCAUCAAUUAGGGAACCAGAGACAAGGGAAAGCGGAAUUUUUCUUAUACCACAAAAAUAUUUCAGGAUAAUUGGCCACUUGUACAAACCUGAACCAUUUAUGCCUCGUGUAUGUAUGGGAUAUAAUUUAGGGUGUCAUUUAUGAAUCAUCUCAAGUCAUG